AGGGCAUCAAAUCAGUGUCAGUUGAGUCGGUCCAUAGGUUGCCUGUAGGGAUUUUUAAUGUCCAGCAGAUGUCAGUAUUUAGUGACACAGUAUCGACACAGUAUCAAUACAGUUUUGCAAUGUGUCGAAACGCUUCAUGACGCCUCAUCAACCCAUCACUAGUAAAUGGUAAAUAAUUGAAUAGACACCACCAGAUGGCAGUAUAAGUGUCCACAUAAGUGGCCAUAAGACCCCAAUUCAGUAGUGUACACCAUUUUGGAAAUACGAGCUAAAAGGUGCUGUCCACGCAUGUGGCCACUAAGAGGUUUUAAAAGAAGGCUUUUUGUUUCCUCCUCCAGGCCGCCGUGUCCCUCCCUCAGCGUCCUCCCCUCCACUGCUCCUCCCUCAUCCCCGCCCUCUGCCUCUCCCUGCGCCUCCUCAUGUGGCUGGGACGCCUGAAGGACGCCUGGUGCUCCCUGCCCUGGAUGCUCUUCAUCGCCAUGGCCACGCACCACGUCCGGGACGCCGUGCGCCACGGCCUGUGGGUGUGGCCUCUGGGCAACACGGCGCCGCUCCCCUACUGGCUCUACGUCAGCACCACGGCGACGCUCCCUCACCUGUGCUCGGUGCUCAUGUACCUGACGGGCACCAGGGACGUCAUCUCCACCAAGCACGGAGUCGCCAUCGACGUUUAGCCUCCGCCCCCCCCGCGGGCGAGACACUCUGUCCGUGUGGAGGAAAGACGGAAAAAACUUUUAUUUUUCCAACCUAAAACUUCACUCUUCAACAAUAUUUAUUCAGGAGGGCGCCUCUAAAAACACUUUUUUGCUUCUUUUAGACUAUUGUGUACUUUUGGAAGGUGCUUGUGUUUGACUAUUUAAUAGCAACAAUGUGCGACGGAAUAAAUACACUGAAAUUGUUGAGUUACUAUUUAAAUUCUGUUAUUUAUUGUCUUACUGCUGCAAUGUGCAAGAAUGCAAUUAAAUUGAAGAUGAACUUU